ACCGGUUACAAAGCAGUUCAUUUUCAAACGGGGUGGCAGCGCCAAGGCGAGCGAACAGCUGUUUGCACGACAGGGCAAAAGCAAAAACGUGGAUGCUGAAGAAGUAAGGUUUCCAAGAGUCCCGAGUACGCCAGGAAAGUUUCGCGGCCAUUAAGAAGAGCGCCAUCCAAAGAGAACACUGCCAUCCGAAGAGAACAGAAGCCCGCUCUCUCGCACUUGGAGCUCCAACAACAACAGCACAACCGACCGUAACUCGUUUCGAAGCCCUUCCUAAUCAGAACCAAACUCAUCGAGCUACAAAACUACCCAGCAAAAUGCCGCAAAAGACAAACGGACACAGCGCCAAUGGCUGCAACGGAAGCAACGGCAACUCCUACGACAUGGAAGACGGAGCCACAUUCCUGUUCACUUCCGAAUCUGUGGGCGAGGGCCAUCCAGACAAAAUGUGCGACCAAAUCAGCGACGCUAUAUUAGAUGCCCAUCUGAAGCAGGAUCCCAACGCAAAAGUGGCUUGCGAAACCGUGGCCAAAACUGGCAUGAUCCUGCUCUGCGGAGAGAUCACAUCAAAGGCCGUAGUGGAUUACCAGAAGGUUGUUCGUGAGACAGUCCAGCACAUUGGCUACGAUGACUCCUCCAAGGGUUUCGAUUGGAAGACCCUAAAUCUCCUUGUCGCCAUCGAACAACAGUCGCCCAACAUUGCCAACGGCGUACACAUCAACCGCGAAGAAGACGACGUCGGCGCUGGUGACCAGGGCAUCAUGUUUGGAUAUGCCACCGAUGAGACCGAGGAGUGCAUGCCCCUUACCGUAGUGUUGGCCCACAAACUGAACGAAAAGAUUGCUGAGCUGCGUCGCUCGGACGUCUUCUGGUGGGCUCGUCCCGAUUCGAAGACACAAGUUACCUGCGAGUACCUUUUUAAUCAGGGAUCAGCAGUGCCCAAGCGCGUCCACACCAUCGUAGUGUCCAUGCAGCACUCGGAGAAGAUUUCGCUUGAGACCCUGCGCUCGGAAGUAAUGGAGAAAGUUGUGAAAGUCGUCAUUCCCGCCAAAUACAUUGAUGCCAACACCAUUGUGCACAUCAAUCCUUGCGGUCUCUUUGUCAUCGGUGGACCAAUGGGUGAUGCUGGACUAACGGGCCGCAAGAUCAUUGUGGACACCUACGGAGGCUGGGGCGCCCACGGUGGCGGUGCGUUCUCUGGCAAGGACUUCACAAAGGUCGACAGAUCCGCAGCAUACGCAGCCCGCUGGGUGGCCAAGUCGCUGGUAAAGGCCGGGCUCUGCAAGCGCUGCCUUGUACAAGUCUCGUACGCCAUAGGUCUGGCGGAGCCGCUAUCCAUAACUGUGUUCGACUACGGCACUUCCCACAAAUCGCAAAAAGAACUCUUGGAUAUCAUCCGCCGUAACUUUGACCUUAGACCCGGCAAGAUUGUCAAGGACUUGAACCUGCGUCAGCCCAUAUACCAGCGUACCAGCACCUAUGGGCACUUCGGUCGCACCGGCUUCUCGUGGGAGGAGGCGAAGCCUUUGCAGACAGAAAACUGACUAGACGCUGACACGCCCCUACCACAAUCACCGUGGGCUAAAAGGUCAAAGCCAUCGUCAUCAGCGUCGCCAUCAACUGAAACCCCAACACCAACGUAAUUUUUAGUUUCGUUUUUAAAGUUAAAUCGCAUCGGGUUGCGACCUCCUUUGGGCUUUCUUUUCUAACUGCAUCUGCGCUCUUCGCUAUAUAAUUUAAACCAAGCUAAUGUGUGUAGUCUUCUCACACAGCACUAGUUGUAGCCGUCAUACUACCCGCAUAUAUAUACUUAAUAGAGGGCUCCACCACAAUUGAUGAGCUUUAGUUAUACAUAUACAUAGUAUAGACUCGUCCCUCAGCUCUGUUAAAAAUAGUUACAAAAAUUAAAAAAGUAGUUAGUCCACCCUUUAAAUACCACGCAAUAUAAUUCAGUUGACAUUAAACUUUGAUAACCGCUGCCUAGAAGCUAUGCAUCAUUCUCAUGUCCUAAUUGUACACAUAUUUUUGUAUCUUUUAAUAUUUUUCUUUGUUGCAUGCGUUGUAUAUGUUUAACCAAAAGUUUUUAAACAACUCGAUUGUAUGUAAAUUACACACUGUCUUUGUAUUUCUGUAACCAACCAACCGUAAGAUAAUGUAUUUUCCUUUACAAAAAUAUAUUAAAAUUACAAAAAAAUGUAAUGCGUAAAGAAACAACAGAAUCAGUGUCAUGUCUUGUGUUGCAAUAUAUAAACAGACAGAGCAAACAGUCAGCCAGUUCAACCUCCUUCUGGUACUUUACAUAGGCGCCGAUUAAGAUGCCCAUAAAAUAUUUAAAUCUGAAAUAUAUUGUAGUGUUGAAGAUAUGUACACAUCAAGCAAAAUUUUACAUGACAAUGAUCAUUGCAAUAAACUUAACCGACAGUUUUAAUUUAAACAA